AUCGAUAGACAGCAUUAGGCACCAAGAGAUCUCAAGAACACAUAAUUCAAUAUCAAGAAGUAGCUAGCUCUUUAAUUUUGAUCAGAAUGGAGAGUACUGGUUUUAGAAAGGGAAACAUGGUGACUAUGUUGAGCAUUGAUGGAGGUGGCAUCAGAGGGAUAAUUCCAGGCACCCUCCUCGGCUUUCUUGAAUCUAAGCUUCAGGCAUUGGAUGGACCCGAUGCAAGAAUUGCAGAUUAUUUCGACGUAAUUGCAGGAACAAGCACGGGUGGGCUAGUCACCACCAUGCUUACAGCUCCCAACACUGACAACCGUCCAGUCUAUGCUGCAAAGGACAUCACCAACUUCUAUUUAGAGCACUCUCCCGAGAUUUUUCCCCAGCACAGUCGGAAAAGCUUUGUGAAUUCAAUAAAAAGCAUGUUCGGUCAAGCAGGAGGGCCGAAGUACGACGGGGAGUACCUGCGGUCAUUGACAAACGGGUUACUUGGCGACUUAACUUUGAAACAGACCCUGACAAACGUGGUCAUCCCGUCCUUCGAUAUCAAGCUCCUUCAACCAGUUAUCUUUUCGACGACCGAUGCAAAACUGAAUGAUUUGAAGAACGCUAGGCUAGCAGAUGUUUGCAUUGGCACCUCUGCAGCUCCCACUUUUUUUCCAGCACACUACUUCGAGACAAAGGAUGCCGAAGGAAACAGUCGUAGUUUCAAUCUCAUUGACGGCGGGGUUGCUGCAAACAAUCCUACUAUGAUGGCCAUAAGCCAGAUUUGGAAAGAAAUACUGAUGCAAAAUACUGAUGAUGAUCGUAUAAAACCAUUGGAACACAGCAAGAGAAUGCUGGUUCUAUCAUUGGGCACCGGUGCAGCCAAGCAUACACAGAAAUACAGUGCAGCCGCAGCCUCCAAAUGGGGUUUGCGUGAUUGGUUGUACGACAAAGGUGCCACACCAUUGCUUGAUGUUUACGGAGAUGCAAGUUCUGAUAUGGUUGACUUUCACGUCUCUACACUCUUCCAAGCCCUCGAUUGUAAGAACAAUUACCUUCGUAUUCAGGAUGACAGGUUGACAGGAGAGGAAUCGACUGUUGACAUUGCAACCUCGGAGAAUAUGCAAAGGCUGGUGGAGAUUGGAAAGGAGCUAUUGAAGAAGACAGUGUCGAGAGUGAAUUUGGAUACCGGCAACUUCGAGGAAAUUAAGGGUGGCAGUUCUAAUGAAGAAGCACUUGCCUAUUUUGCCGAGCUGCUUGUGAAAGAAAAGAAAUUUAGGCAAAACCAAUGAAGUCAAUGAUCAGAAGUGUGUGAUUUUAAUUAUUCAUGUCUUCAACGUCGAUCUCAUAUAUAUAUAUAUAUGUAAUGUGUACGUUGUCGUCUUGGGCCUUCCGAUAACCAUGCAUUAAUCAAGGAAAUUAAUAAUUAGUUCAUCGUGUUAUUAAUUAAUUACAUAGACAGAACCUAACAUGCAUGGCUUCUAUCUGAAAUUGUGAGCUGUGUGUGAUUGAAGAAACUGAUAAAAUAUUAUAACUUUAAUGCAUGAUAUAUAAUAUUAAUUUUGGUAGCAUUA